GUUUUUUUAUGUACUGCAGUACAUCUAGUCGUCUGUCUAUGUGGUGCUUGAUUUAUUGAAGAGUGUGGUAUAAAGAUGACAAAGGUAUCAUGUGUCUUUCUUAUAAUGGCCCUGCUGUCCUGGUCAGACAUUUCAGAUAUUCAGAUUGGUACGUGCCAGGACAUUGAUCAACUCUUAAGUCAGAAUGGCAACCAAUCAAUGAUAAACAAUAAGGGUGUUUUUUGUGGCGUCUGCAAGUCUGUGGUUAAAAAAGUGAUGGCAACUAUUGGAAAACAUAUUUCCAAGGACGAAACUGGUCAGAAGCUAGAUAACAUCUGUGCAAAAUUAAAAAUACCUUUUUGUAAAAGGUUUGUAAGAAAAUAUAGAGCCAAACUGAUAGAUGCCCUGUCCGCAGGAGGUGAUGGACAUUCCACCUGUGUCAAAUUAAAAUUGUGCAAACGGGUAUAUAAUUAUAAAAAACCUGUAAUCAUAAGUUAGGUGCACACGAUUUAUGAUGUUAAUAAACAUCUUAUGUACUUUGCACAUGUGGAUUACAUGUGGCUUUGUGUAAGGGUAUAUUCUUUUGCUCUCCUGGAAUAAACUACAAGAAUGUCUCAAAGAUGUGUUUCAAAUUGAAUGAUGGAGAAUGGAAAUUAUGUUUAAAACGUUCAAAAACUAAUUUUUACAAUAAAGUUACCAAAUCAGUCAAC